GCGUUUGCAAUGACUAACCAAAUUCUGGUGGAAAAGUCCGUCGUUGGCUGGAAGGAGAUAGAGUAUGAAGUUGUGAGAGAUGCUGCUGAUAACUGUAUUGCUGUCUGCAAUAUGGAAAACGUUGAUGCUAUGGGAGUCCAUACAGGGGAUUCUGUGGUAGUGGCUCCAAGCCAGACACUCACUAAUGAGGAAUUUCAGAUGCUGAGGGAUCGUGCCAUCAAAGUUGUCCGGCAUUUGGGCAUCGUGGGAGAGUGUAAUAUCCAGUUUGCUUUGCAUCCAACUUCCCUGGAGUACUACAUCAUUGAAGUUAAUGCCAGACUCUCGAGAAGUUCAGCUUUGGCCUCCAAGGCGACAGGGUAUCCAUUAGCAUUUAUUGCUGCCAAAAUUGCCUUGGGGAUCCCCUUGCCAGAAAUCAAGAACGUGGUGACAGGAAAAACCUCUGCCUGCUUUGAGCCCAGCCUGGAUUAUGUUGUCACCAAGAUACCCCGCUGGGAUUUAGACCGUUUUCAGCAUAUGUCCAACCGGAUUGGAAGCUCCAUGAAGAGUGUGGGAGAGGUCAUGGCUAUCGGACGCACUUUUGAAGAGAGCUUCCAAAAGGCCCUGAGAAUGUGCCACCCAUCUGUAGAUGGCUUCACUUCACAUCUACCCAUGAACAAAGCCUGGCCAGCCACCGCAGAUCUGCAGAAGGAGCUCUCUGAGCCAUCCAGCACUCGGAUAUAUGCAAUAGCCAAGGCCUUGGAUAAUGAAGUCCCUGUGGAUGUAAUUCACAAACUCACAGCCAUUGACAAGUGGUUCCUGUAUAAGAUGCGCAGCAUUGUGAACAUGGAGAAGAUCCUGAAGGAAGUGAACAGUGAAAGCGUUCCAGAAGAGACACUGAGGAGAGCCAAACAGAUCGGGUUCUCAGACAAGCAGAUUGGGAAAUGCCUGAGGCUGACCGAAGUCCGGUGCCGCCAGCUGAGACUGAGGAAGAACAUAGUGCCCUGGGUGAAACAGAUCGACACACUGGCAGCAGAAUACCCAGCGGUAACUAAUUACCUCUACGUCACCUACAACGGGCAGGAACACGAUGUAAAAUUUGAUGACUGUGGAGUGAUGGUGUUGGGCUGUGGACCAUAUCAUAUAGGCAGCAGCGUGGAGUUUGAUUGGUGUGCUGUCUCCAGUAUCCGCACGCUGCGUCAGCUUGGCAACAAGACCGUCGUCGUGAAUUGCAACCCGGAGACAGUGAGCACAGAUUUUGAUGAGUGUGACAGACUGUACUUUGAGGAGCUGUCAUUGGAAAGGAUCCUGGACAUCUACCAAUAUGAGGGAUGCAGCGGUUGCAUUAUUUCUGUGGGCGGGCAGAUUCCCAACAACUUGGCAGUGCCGCUGCACCAGAGCGGAGUGAAGAUCCUUGGCACGAAUCCUUUGCAGAUUGACCGGGCAGAAGAUCGCUCCGUAUUCUCAGCGGUUCUGGAUGAGCUGCGCGUGGCCCAGGCUCCCUGGAAGGCGGUCAGCACACUGAGAGAUGCAGUUGAAUUUGCAAGCUUUGUGGGUUACCCAUGUUUGCUGAGGCCUUCCUAUGUUCUGAGUGGGUCUGCGAUGAAUGUAGUAUUCACUGAAGAGGAAAUGAAGACUUUCUUAGCAGAAGCCACCAGAGUUUCUCAGGAUCACCCUGUGGUACUCACUAAAUUUAUUGAAGAUGCCCGUGAGGUGGAAAUGGAUGCUGUAGCCAAGGCAGGAAGAGUUAUCUCACAUGCCAUUUCAGAGCAUGUGGAGGACGCAGGCGUUCACUCUGGAGAUGCCACCCUCAUGUUACCCACCCAGACUAUUAGCCAGGGAGCCUUGGAGAAGGUAAAAGCUGCUACAAAAAAGAUUGCAAAUGCCUUUGCCAUCUCUGGUCCAUUCAACAUUCAGUUUUUGGUGCGAGGCAACGAUGUACUGGUGAUAGAGUGCAACUUGCGGGCUUCACGCUCCUUCCCUUUUGUAUCGAAGACUCUGGGUGUGGACUUCAUCGAUGUGGCCACGAAAGUGAUGGUUGGAAAAGAGGUUAAUGAGUCAUCUCUCCCCACACUUGAGCAUCCCAUUAUUCCGUCCAAAUACGUUGGGAUUAAGGCCCCAAUGUUUUCCUGGUCCCGGCUGAGAGAUGCUGACCCUGUUCUCCGAUGUGAAAUGGCCUCUACUGGGGAGGUCGCGUGCUUCGGGGAGGAUGUGUACACUGCCUUCCAGAAGGCUAUGCUUGCCACAGGGUUUACGUUUCCAAAGGAAGGAAUUUUGAUUGGAAUCCAGAAGUCUUUCCGCCCCAGAUUCCUCAGCGUAGCGGAACUACUGCAUAAGGAGGGUUUCAAGCUUUAUGCCACAGAAGCAACCUCAGACUGGCUCAAUGCUAAUGGUAUCCCAGCAAAUCCUGUGGCAUGGCCAUCGCAGGAAAGCCAGAGUCCAAACCUCCCUCUGGUCAGGAGGCUGGUAAGGGAUGGGAAGAUAGAUCUGGUGAUUAACCUGCCUAACAGCAACACCAAGUUUGUCCAUGAUAAUUACGUGAUCCGGAGGAUGGCUAUUGACAGCGGGAUUGCUCUGCUCACUAAUUUCCAGGUGACAAAGCUUUUUGCUGAAGCUGUCAAAUACUCCGGGAAAUUGGACUCCAGGAGUCUCUUCCACUACAGACAGUUUGACAAUGGAAACACUGCAUAG